AUGACUAGAGAGCAGAAAUUCAUCAGGGACUUUAGGAAGCAUGACCCUCUGACCUUCGAAGGGAAGAAAAUUGAUCCAAUGGCAGCAGAAGCAUGGGUAGAAGUGAUUGAAACCACAUUUGGGCAUAUGAAUUGCCCUGAGGAUACGAAAGUGAACUGUACCUCCUACAUGCUCAAAGGCGAGGUACACUUUUGGUGGAAAACUGCUCAAAGGACGUUGAAGGGUGGAGAGAAAGAUGAGGAACCAAUCUGUUGGCAUGAAAUGAAGAGGGCGCUUUUCCACAAGUACUUCCCACUGGUGAAUCAGUAUCAAAAUGAGGCCGCCUUCCUAAACCUGAGGCAAGGAAAUAAGACGGUUGAGGAGUACGAUUUGGAGCUGACCCGAUUGUCCGGAUUUGCACCAGAGCAGGUCGAUACGGAGAAAAAAUGGAUACGAAGAUUUAUUGCAGGUCUUCGAGAGGAAAUCUAG